ACGCCUAUGGUUUACCAGUUACCAUUACCAACGGUCAGUUGGUAUUCAGAAAUCUCAUAAAACGGUGUUUUGUGUCAGUGACGGAGAUAGAACACAAGCACAGUAAGCAGGAAGCUGCUAGUUCGCUUAACAAUCUAACUCCCAACUCAUAAUUACUGAAUCUUAGAACAAUCGUUGCUUCUGUGAUAUAAUUAAUUACCCUUUUUCUUAUUGGGUCCAAUUCAAAGCAGGCUAUGCCAGUAUGGUGGUGUUCUCUCCUACCAGCACCUGUGCGAGAAAUGUUGUUUACUUGAGUGGACGCGUUCAACUUAUGGGAAGCACUAUUUUGAAUAUGGUGUCCAGAGGACAAUCUACUUCAUGUUGUUUCUGUUUAUACCCUACACAGUCCGGAAAAAACUACACUCAAUUGUCUAUCUCAAAGACAAAUCCAUCUGUUAUUAAUUUUCACACAUUGCAUAGAAACUUUUUUCGGUCUAGUUUUUCCAAGCAGAGUGGCAGCUGCCAAUCGGUUACUAUAAAAGGAUUAUCUGACUCCAGAGGUCCUUUGAAGAGGAAGUUCAAUAUUUCACUGGUAUCUCAAAAUCUAAACAUGAGGCUUUCACUGUCGAAACGAGGAAUCUUCUCCAAAAUAAAGGGUAAUGUGGGAUCUAUGUCUUGGUCUCAGGAAUGUGCCUCGACUGGCUUACUUUUUGGUCUAUUGGUUUGUUAUUCAAGCCCUGAGCCAACACAUGCUGAAGCAGCUGCAAAGAAGGAUAAAGAUGACGAUUCUGAUUUACCAUAUGUUAAAUUGUCACAUGGGAAGAAAGUGUACACAGACUAUUCCAUUACUGGAAUACCUGGAGAUGGAAGGUGUUUGUUCCGCUCGGUGGCACAUGGGGCCUGUUUAAGAGCUGGGAAGCCAGCUCCAAGUGAAAGUCUUCAGAGAGAAAUAGCAGAUGACUUGAGAGCUAGAGUUGCUGAUGAGUUUAUAAAGAGGAGGCAAGAGUCAGAAUGGUUUGUUGAAGGUGAAUUUGGCACCUAUGUGGCGAAUAUGAGGAAGCCACAUGUAUGGGGGGGCGAGCCUGAGUUGUUCAUGGCUUCCCAUGUUCUAAAGAUGCCAAUCAGUGUUUACAUGUAUGACCAAGAUGCUGGAGGCAUCAUAUCUAUUGCUGAGUAUGGCCAAGAGUAUGGAAAGGACAAUCCAAUUAGAGUUCUCUAUCAUGGUUUUGGACAUUAUGAUGCAUUACAGAUUCCUGGAAGAAAAGACGGUCACCAUUGAAAACAAUAAACGAUGAAAUGAUAAUGACAUUAUCAUAUCAGAAGGUCGUCCUCCAUUGCUUCAAAUAUGUCGACAAGUUCGUGGUGAUGGUGAUAGAUUGGCAAUGUGGGUCGAAGCGGCAUGAGAAUUGGUGGAGGUAGGAGAGGAGAUGCUUAAUUGCUCAGCAAUGAGACAGAUUGUAUUAGGAAGAAAAAUAAAUCAUGUUGUUCAUUUUCUACAUUCUCAGACAUAAUUUACAAAAUUAAAUUAAGAAAAAUAUUUGCGAAUAAAAGUGAAUUAUUUGUUAAUGUUUAUUGUACAACUAUUGUAAGGUGGAAAAAUAAUGAUGGAAUCAUAUGAAUGAAACAAAAAAAAAAGUGUAGUUAAAAUUGUGGGGAGUUGUGAGUUAUUAUAUAUAAAGGCUUGAAGCAGAUUGAAGGAGAAGAUGGCGGUGCUAUAAGAAAACAAAAGGAGAAGACAGAAUGGAGAGUGAAAAGAAUAGUGGUGAAAGUGUUAAUUUGCCUAAAUAUGAUUAAAUUUGUAUCUUCUUUUUCAUAUUCUAAGAUGUAAUACAUGUUAAAAAUAAUUAGAUAUCUUUUUGGCGUCCAAAA